UCGUCGUCACGAUGGUUUCCCACCGCCAAAUCUCGUCACACAAGUUUCUACUCGUGUGUUUAUUUAGUUUUUUUCGAUUUCAAUGUCGACGAAUGAUUUUGGAUUUUAAUUUUUAAUAGUACGUAACUUUUUGUAGUAAUUAAUCCUUCAGUGUUUUUAGAUAAUUUUAAAAGUAACAAAAUGAGCCACACCUUUUCCGACGGUCAGACCCUGUGUCCUUAUAACGAUUCACACGUCGUCAGCAGAUUAAGGGUCAUUCCUCAUCUCGUCAAAUGUCGACAGCAACACCCCCAUUUAAUGGAGAAAAUCAAGAUUUGUCCUUACAAUCAAGGACACCACAUCCCCUCACAAGAAAUGACGACCCAUCUUGCAACCUGCAAAGAAUUUGAAUCGUCCAAACUCGGAUUAUCGGAGCGUGUUCAUCAACAAGGUAACUCCAGUCAAAAAAAGAGUGGAGCAACCUCUACAACGAAGCUGGCAGCAAUUUUGAAGGACUUUGACGAUGAAGAAUUUGCUGAAUGGAAUUGAAUCACAAAACUACACGAGGAAAAAAAACAGCUGAACACUCACUCCAAGGUUGCUGUAAUUUUUCAAGAUAACUCAAAACAACAUACACCUCAAGCAUGGUGUACAAUCGCUACACUUUUACAAAGUUACAAUAAACAAUUUUUAUUUAUUUAUUCGUUUUAAUAGUUCGACUUUCAUGUAAGGGGCUGUACAUAAAACAUGCGAUCGAUUUUCGGAGAAUUUUGACCCCUACCCCCUGGUGUGACCUAUAUGUCCCAUGUUAUUAACAUGGGAAGGAUAAGAUACCCCCUCAAAUUGAUCACAUGCUUUCUGCACAGUCCCUAAGUGACAACUGACAAAAUAUAUUGUAAAUAAAAAUACCACAAAAGGUACAAUUGCA